AUGGAUGAGCUUUCGGUAGACAUUGGAGCGUAUGACAUAGAAGCAGAUGAGGAAUAUUCCUCAUGGAUUACUUGGUUUUGUGAACUCAAGGGAAACGAGUUUUUCUGCGUCGUUGAUCGAGAAUUCAUAACGGAUGAAUUCAAUCUGACGGGUCUGGCAACCAUGGUGUCCUUUUAUCAUUACGCCUUGGAUAUUAUUUUGGAUAUGGAGAUGCUGAGCAAUACGGAGUUGGCGGAGGAGCAGAGACGACUGGUAGAAAGCUCCGCGGAAACUUUAUAUGGGCUCAUCCAUGCCCGUUUCAUUACCACCAAUAAGGGAUUAAAGUUGAUGGAAGAAAAGUUCAUUCAGAGAGAAUUCGGUGUCUGCCCACGGGUCUUUUGCGGCGGCCAGCAGGUCCUACCCGUCGGGCAAAGCGAUAUCGUGCGUGAAAGCUCCGUGAAGCUCUUUUGUCCCAAAUGCCAAGAUAUUUACUAUCCUCGAUCGAGUCGGCAUAAAACGCUCGAUGGUGCCUUCUGGGGUACCACGUUCGCUCACCUGCUUCUGAUGAAUAUGCGCGAGAAUGGCCUGGAGUUCACCAAGCCAACACAGAAAUACAUCCCGCGAAUCUACGGCUUCCGCAUCCGAAAGCCGGAAUCGGGAACCGAUGAAAGCAGGGAGGAUCGCCAGCAAGCCGUAGAAAAGAUUGCUGAGCAUCUAUCCAUCUCUACAGGCGCUGCAUGCGAAUUCCAAAGUCCCGAUACCGCGGUGUUGUCUUCGAUUCCAAAUGUUUCAAAGUAA